AUGCGGCUCCGUCAGGAAUCGUCAGACCGGCACAGCCGGAGCCACAGUAACUUGCCGAGCUUCGCCUCCUCCCUCUCCUCCUCGCCUGACGUCGCUACGCGCGGCGCGGAGCGUCGAGCAUCUCACUCGGAAGAACAGGUAGAGGCGGAUUUACGGGCGGACCCAUCGAAGGUAAAUUAUUCCCAGCAGAAUACUGAAGUGUACGCGCCGCAGACGGACGGCGGCUUGCCGGGACGGCGAAUUAGGGUUUCGAGCCACAGCGUGGGGCACAUGGGGGAGAUGGCGUCCGCAUCCCGCGUGCCUCCCCGCGCGCCGGGACCAGGUCGCGGGAGUCCCGUGAGUGCUCUUAACAAGGAUCGCCGCAGGCCGAUUUCGUAUGAUUCGCAGCAGUUCGCGAUGUCAAACGACCUCGCGGAUGGCACCCACGUCGCCGGUUUCGCCGCCGGUGGUAACCAGCUAAGUGCUGGAGCUCGGCAUCCCUCGAGUGGGAGCAGCGGACCCGGCAGGGGCGGCGGAUUAGGAAGAGGGGGAGCAGGAGGCGGCGGCGGAGGCGGUGGUGGGAGUGGCGGUGCGGGUGGAAGCGGUAAGGAGUUACAGGGUGCAGGCGCGUCCCCCGCGGAGUGGUCGAGGGGAGGCGCCGGGGAGAGGCAAACGGGGCAGGGGGGGGUGGAGGGGCGAGCCAUGGGUGCCCCUGGGCAAGGGAUGCGGGCAGCAGCAGCAGCAGGAGCACGGACCACCUCCCCUGUGGAGGGGCCAAUUGGGGAGAGGCCUUCUGGGGAAGGCUUUGCUGGGGGAGGUGCGAGAAGUAGGCGCCUGGGAGGCGGUAGGGGGGGAGGGCGGGGGGCUGUGGUAGGAAGGGGUGGUGGUGGCGGCGGCAGGGGCGGUGGCGGCGGUGGCGGCGGUGGCGGCGGUGGCGGCGGUGGUGGGGGUGGUGGGGGAGGAAUUCGAACGACCCCACCGACGUCUCCCCUGGCGAGCCUAACGCACGAGGACUUUGCGGCGUUUGAGGGGUACUCGCGCAACCAGGACGCCAUUGACAGCGUGCUGCAGGCCGCCCGGGACCUCGUCCAGGACUGCCAGCACGAGGGCGUCUGGGAGUCCGAAGCCACGCUCAAGCCGUGGCGCGGUGCCGCCGAGCCUGACCGGCAGGUUCGGCAGCAGGGGCGAGGUGGGUCCGAGCCUGAAAGGGAGCCUCGGCAGCAGAUGCGUGGCGGGUCGGAGCCUGAGAGGCAGGCACGGCAGGCUGAUUCAUACAGGCAGAAGGAGAGGGACGCUCUGGGGGUUGUAGAGGCGAGGAGAGGAGUGGAUGGCGCUUAUGGGAGCGAGAAAGAAGAGUACCGGCAGCAGGGGCAGCAGCAGCAGCAGCAUCACCAGCAACAGCAGCGGCGGCGGCAGCAGCAGCAGGAGGAGUGGGAGAGGAGGAACGGGUCGUUCAGCGACCGGGGCUCGCUGGGCGAGCGCGCAAUCAGCAGCCAGCGCGGGUCCAGCGCCGAGCGCACUGCGCCUGGCGACAUGGGGUCGUUCGGGGAGCAGAGGCAGGGCGGCCACAGCGCGCACGGGAGGGGCAGAGGGGCUGGCCAUGAGGGGCACGCUGCCGGGUCUCCACUUGCCGCUUCCAGCAGCAGCGCUAUUGCUGGUCAGGUAGCGCGAGGGAGAGCAGGGGCAGGGCUGGGGGCGGGGGAAGGGGAUGGGGUAGGGGGAGAGGAAGGGGCAGGGGCAGGGGAUGGAGAAGGGGGAGUGGGAGGAUCGGGCGGGGCGGGAGGCGUGAGUGUGGUGGAUGGCGUGGCGCGGCGGAAGAAGAGGGAAGAGCGGCUGCAGGCAGUGCGGUACCGAGAUGCCAUGGCCGCUGCUGGCAUGACUGCCGCUGCCCCCCAUGCUGGUGCUACCACUGACCACCCUGCUGGUUCCGCUGCUGCUGCUGCUUCUGGUGCCGCUGGGGAUUCUGCUUUGGAUGGUGCUGCUGGUGUUGGUGCUGCCAGGGGCGGUGGGGGGGCAGCAGCAGUGGUCAACCGUGGGGAUGGGGUGGGGCAGGGCGAGUCAAGUCAGCAGCACAGGCGGAUGGUGAGUGUGGACGAGAUGAUUCGAGCGUCACGGGAGCAGCGGCGUGCCAAGGCGGCAGCGGUGCACACGGCAGCAGCGGGCCCGUCCGCCGUGGACUUCUACCUGGGCUUCGAAGACGUGCCGCGCCACCUCCUGCACCACGCCCUCGCUGCUGGCAUGCCCGCUGGGGGAAGGGUUGGGGCAGCGGGCGGGGUGGGCGCAGCGGGAGGCACGGCCGCUGCAGGCGGCAUGGCAAGCGGAGGAGGAGGGGUGGGAAGAGAAGGAGGUGUGGGGGGCAUGGAUGGUGCAGGAGAAGGUGGUAGUGGGACGAGCAGCAGCUGGGCCAGGGAGGAGAUGGGAUACGUGAGAACGGAGGGGCAGGGGAGCGAAAGGAGAGGGGGGCGGGUAGGUGGAGCGGAGGGGGGAGGGGCGGCAGCAGUGAGGGGGGGAAGGGGACGGAGGCAGGCUAGUGCGUGUGAGGUGGGACUGCAAGCCAUGGGGGAGGGAUUGGGGUACGGUUAUGGGAAUGAAGGUCGUGAGCAGGAACGGGUAUGCGGGCAGCAGGAAAGGUAUGAGCUGAAGCAGCGGCAGGUGCAGGAGCAGCGGCCGACGCAGGAGGCGAGUGAGCACCAGCAGCUGCUGCAGCAGAUGAGGCGGAGGAGGCUGCAGAGCGGCAGUGGCAGUGGCAGCGGCAGCGGCACUGCUAACAGCAUCAGUGGCGGUGCUGCGUCUCCUGCUGCUGACGUUGCUCGCCAUGCAGCUGCUGCUGCUGCUGGUGGUGGCGAUAGUGGUGCGAGUGCUCGCAUGGCGGCAUUCCUGGCGGACGCUGCCAAGCUCGCAUCAGGGGACGCCAACAGCAGCUUCAGCAGCCGCGAGGGAGGCCGGGAUAGCAGCAACUGGGACAUUGUUACUGACGCUGAUGCAGAGGCUGGUGUCACCGCCGGUACUGGUGCUGCUGGUGCUGCUGGUGCGGGUGGUGCGGGUGGUACAGGUGGUGCGGGUGGCAGGGAGGGCUAUAGGAGGUCGAGGCUGGGCAGCGGGCAGGAGAGAGGUUCAGCAGGUGGGCAAGCCCUGGUAGCAGCAGCUGCCACUGCUGAUGGUCCGGUAGAGUCUGGCAGUGGGGAGGAGGAGGAGCAAGUGCCAACGCCGCACCCCAGGCGCAUGAUAGAGCAGCUGGAACAGCUGGAGCCAUGCACAGCCCACACCCAGGGGCAACCCCCCCAUCACCACCCAUCCCAAACCAAACCUCUCCAAAGCAACCUCCCCCAGCAGCAGGUGGUGCAGCAGCAGGGGUUGGCGAUGGUAUUGCGGGACGACCCGAUGGGGCAGCUGGCGCCCAUCACGGACCACAUCCUGCGCAUGCCCUAUGAGGACGUGCGCGCGCGCUACUCCCUGGGCAAGCACGAGAUCGGCGCGGGGCGCUUUGGCUCCAUCCGCACGUGCCUGGAGCGCGCCACUGGACGGGUGUUUGCGUGCAAGACCAUUGACAAGAAGAGCGUCACUGUGAGCACUGCCGCUGCCGCUGCCGCUGCCGCUGCCGCUGCUGCUGCUGCUGCUGCUGCUGCUGCUGCUGCUGCUGCUGCUGCCACUGCCGCUGCUGCUGCCGCUGCUGCUGCUGCUGCCCUUGCCGCUGCCGCUGCUGCCCUUGCGCUUGGGCUAGGCAAGAUACCCGACAGACACACGCCAACCAACCCUCCCGUCCUCCCUUCCCUCCCUUCCCUCCCUUCCCUCCCUUCCCUCCCUCCCCUUCCCCCUCUCCCUUCCCUCCCUCCCCUCCCUCCCCUCCCUCCCCUCUCUCGCCUCCCUCCCCUCCACCCCCCCUCCUCCUUCCUUUCACUGCCCCCCCCCCCCCCCCGUGCCACCGCCCCCCCUGGUGGCAGUGCGCAGAGGAUGCAGAGGACGUGCGGAGGGAGGUGGCGUUCCUGGCGCGGCUGCAGGGCCACCCGCACAUCGUCAACCUGCAGGGCGUCCUGGAAGAUGACCAGGUGGGGUGCGGUGCGCAUGGGUGGUGGGAGCAUGGGUGGUGGGAGCAUGGGUGGUGGGAGCAUGGGUGGUUGGGGCAUGGGUGGUGGGAGCAUGGGUGGUGGGAGCAUGGGUGGUGGGAGCAUGGGUGGUGGGAGCAUGGUAAUGGG